CAGCCUGAAGUUGCUGCUGCCGUGUUCUGUGUGGCGUUUCUUGCGCGGCGCAGCCUGUCUCGGCGAGGUACCUGAAACAGCUCUCCAACCCUUACCACCACCCCCCCCUCCCCUCUCUCUCACCGAGAAGCUCCGUGCGACUCCCGUAAUUUCCCCUCGAGUACACUAUACGAUGUUCACUGUCCGUCCACUUCGGUGGCAGGAAAAAGCUCGUUGCCUUUCCACUGUCUCUUCCCUCCGGGGCUGUCUCUCCGGUCAAGGCAGGUGGGGUACCACGGGUGACAGGAGAGGUGAGGCGGGAGGGGUUCACCCUCCUCGGGAAGCCUCAUCAACGCCGAACUUCCAGACCAGCUUUGCGAGUGAGAGGGUAUCUAAAUGCUUCAUCUUCGGACUCGGUGCUUGCCGAGGUAGGAGCAGAGAGGCAGGUAAGAGGAAUACAGGCUCUCGAUUUGCAGCAAAAUAUGCUAUGCAAUAGGAGGUGCCCCAAAUCAAGUGGCAGGGAGUGCUGCUGCUUUCUUCCUACAGAUCUACCUGCUAGAUAUAGCCCAUGAUGCUGGCGUGUACACCCUUCACAGUAGUGUCUUAUUUUUUUAUGUGGUACCUGCCCCCUUUUGUAUCGGGAAGAGUUGCAUGGUACCUGACUUUCUACUGCCUUUUCCAGGCACUGACCACAUUAUUCCAAGUACCAUAUUCUGCCCUCACCAUGUUUCUCAGCACAGACCAGAAGGAGAGAGAUUCUGCAACAGCAUACCGAAUGACCAUGGAAGUGCUUGGGACCUUGAUUGGAGCUGCACUUCAGGGGCAGAUUGUGGCCAGUGCUCAUAUCUCUCAUCACUGCACUGUGAAUCCCCCAGUAAACACAACCGACACCUGGCAUGACACUCCCAGCUUUCCAGACCCCUCAGAUCUCCUGUCACAUCAAGCAAAAGUUUAUAUGAUUGCAGCAGGGGUCAUAGGAGGUGUAUAUCUUCUUGGAAUUGUCAUUCUUUUUCUUGGAGUAAAGGAAAAAGAUGAUCCUUAUGCCUUAAAUUCAGACAGAGCAAUUCCUUUUUGUAAGGGGCUUGGACUCACCAUGAAGCAUGGUCCAUAUGUGAAGCUUACAGCUUCAUUUCUUCUCAUCUCGACAGCAGUUCAGCUGGAGCAGAGCAACUUUGUCCUUUUCUGCACUUAUGCUGCUGAUCUUCGCAAUCACUUCCAGUAUUUGGUGGUGACUAUCUUGGUAUCAGCAGCUGUGAGCAUUCCCUUCUGGCAGAAGUUUCUGCAGCGAUUUGGCAAGAAGUGUGCAGCAUGUGGGAUUUCGUGGAUGAUUCCUUUUGCAGUCAUGCUAGUGACCAUUCCAAACCUGAUCCUGGCUUACUUAGUGGCGUUCGUCUCUGGUCUGAGCAUUGCAGCAUCUCUUCUGUUGCCAUGGUCAAUGCUGCCUGAUGUUGUUGAUAACUUUCGCCUGCAGAAUCCUCAUGGAAAAGGACAUGAAACCAUUUUCUAUUCUUCUUAUGUUUUCUUUACCAAGAUGUCAGCAGGAAUUGGCUUAGGAAUUUCUGCAGCAGGCCUGGAGUUUACUGGAUACAAGCCAGGGAUGUGCAGACAAUCCAACGAUGUGAUCCUCACACUGAAAAUCCUCAUUGGAGUGGUCCCUGCUGUCCUCAUCCUUGUAGGUUUAUUUAUACUUCUUUUCUACCCAAUCACUGAAGAAAGUCGGAAGGAAACAAAGCUUGCACUUGAAGUGUUAAGAAGGAGCCAUCAAAGUACAGAGAACCUGGAUGACCAUAAAGAGGACACUUCUGUCUGAAAGCUCUGAAUACAGUGACUUUACAAAUAGUCUCGCAUCCCAUGCACAAACUCUGUGAGAGUCUUCUGGGACAUUUCUCUGCUCACAUUUUAUCAAAAAGGAUAAAGGAUCAUUCUGACACAGUCAGUAAUGAAAUCAAGAGAGGACACCACCAUGCAAAAUAUGUAUCGAACUCCAUGCACUGUGCUAAAAAAGACAUUACAAAUGUUCAGGAACAUAAGCUAUUGAAGUCUUGGGUUUUUUUUGUUAAUUUUUCAAUGAUUAACAGAAGGCUGUGAUUUCAUUGCAACAGGAGAUUCUAGGGACUUGUAGAUCAAGGGAAAAAAGUGUAAAUGUGAUGCACAACCCAAAUUUUAAGUCAUGUGAUGUAUUUCACCCUUAGAGCCUGGGGUGGAUUUUGAACAGGAAGUCUACCUAUAAAUUGCACACUGUUGUGUCUGGUAAGCACUUGGGAAUCCUGAAGUAUGCUAUACGAAGUUAGGAUUUACUUUGUUUUGAAAUGAAGCAAAUAACUGAUGCAGGCAUAUUUUGAGGAUUUUCUCACACAGAGUUUUUUCUGAAAGAGAUUUUGAUGUAAUUUAACUUCAUAGAUUUUUAUAUGAAACAGAACCUUACAUUUCUCAUUACUGGAGUUCCUUGCUUCUGACACCUGUAAACUCAUCUUUGUCAGAGAAUGAGUACUUAACAUUUUCAAAAACAUAAUCUCCACUCAGGAUACCCCAAAUCAGUAGUCCCUUCCAAAAAUUAGACUAUGCCAUUCAAAUUUCUGUAAAUUUUGGCCUUUACGUAAUCAUGAUACUCACCCAUUUCUCAUGUGGUGUAGGCUCUCUGCCUCACAAAACACCAUGGCAUGGCUGUUAAUCUCAGCUUGCACACAGUGUUUUAUAAUAAUGAGGCUACACCUGACUUUUAAAUGGUGAUUUUUUUUCAGUCAGGGAUAUGUCAUCAUGCUUUAGAUACAUUAACUGAAACUUCAUUUCUACUAUAGAUUCACAGUGCUGAACUCAUUUUGUAGGUGAAAGACACACCUAACCUCAGGCACUUUCUGGAGCACUUAAGUUCAGACCUGGUCAUUCUGGGCUACUUCUGUAGUCAGUGGAGAUAGAGAGACCUCCAGAGGCUGGCUCCAAGCUUAAGCUAAAAUGACUGGACUCUGAAGACAUACCUAAAUCUGGAGGGGAGAGUGAUGGAUCCCAGAGUUGAAGGCUUGUUCACCUUGAAGAAAUUAGCACAAUGCAAGACAAGACACAGCCCACUGGCUUCACUGCAUGAAUAUGUGGGAGGGUGCCUUUAUUUUAUACUGGAAGUGCCUCUGGAGGACUGGCUUGAUGCUGUUAGGGAGCACUUGCCGUAGGUGUCACUGGAGGCAGUGACUACAAGUAAUUUGCUCAGGGCCAUCUGGGAAGUGACUCCAGUGCUGGGAAACUGGGAAAGCUUUUACUUAAAGACAUUGUGAAGUAAAAUCAGUGCAUCCAUUGAGUGUCUCAUCAAGUUUAAUACUGAAACCUUUUCAGGAAAGUUUGAAGUCUAAGGCCUAAUGAACUGUCCUAAUUCAGCAAAAUACUUAAUCAUGAGUGAGCUUUUAGGGAUAUUUUGAGUGUGUGUGGGUAAGAGUUAACUAUGUUUAAGACUUCUGUUGAAUUGACAUCUAAGGCUGGGCAUUUUUUGUUUCAGUUCUUGGACAAAUCAAGAUAUGUAUGCCUGGGGCAUAUGUGUUUACAACAAAAAAAACCCAAUUUUGAGUCUGAUGGAAUUUGAAAUAGCAGAUUUACUGCUCUUUGAAUUAGGUAAGUUAUGUAGUAAUAUCACAUAGCUCCAAAAUAUCAUAGAAAACAGUUUUAGGGGUUUGAUUUAUUCUGUGAUAUUUGUGUAUUUCUGAAUAGUCGUCUUUAAAAACAACCAGAAGUCCCAGUAAAGGCCGUUUAUGUUUUUUAAUAGGUUAUGUUUUCAGCUGUUAUAAAUCUGUAGCUACAAGGCAGUGGAUCUGUGUCAGUUUACAUAAGCCGAAUACUUAGCCCAGUGAUAAAAGGGUUGCAGAAACUGCUGGCUGUGGUUGAUUGGAGUAAUUUGAAUGUGGCUUAAGAUAUUAUUUCUAGAUCAGUUAUGCAGCUGCCUCUGAAUUGCACAACACUGAAUCUGAAUUCACUCUCUUGCAAGGUAAACUUAGUUGAUUAUAAACUGUUUUCCUCUUUCCAGAGAGACAAUGUGAUAUUUAUCUAACAGAUGCAUUCAGUCCUCGCUUUGCAUAUGGUAGUAAUAAAGGGAACUGCCAAAAUCAAAUAGAAAGCUUCUGUAGAUGAAAUGUAGCAGAGUAUUUUUAUAUUUUGAAAAUCUCAUUAUUUUAUUUGAUUAUCAGAGUUGUACUUUUGUUAAGAAAAUGAAUGUAUUUUUGUAAGUAAAGAGAAUGGAAGAGUAAGUGCAGGGUAAGAUUUUUUUUUUUUGUAAUUUUCUUUUUUUAGGGCUCAGUGUUGGUGCUGUAAAAUGAAUGAACUUUUGUACGUCUCCUUGUCAGUUUUAAAUGAUGCGUAUGCCUUAAGUAUGUUCGGAACAUGUGACUGAAAGAAGCAGGUUCUUAUAUUGACAACCAUUCAGAUUAAACGCUAAUCUAAUGUAAGCCUCCUGCCUUGCACUGACUGGCAGUAACAAGGGCCAGGUUCAGUCCCCAGGGGCUCUCAUCCAAGUAACACCCAAAUACAGUUGUAAGAAUAUGGGAGAUUGGGUUAAGCCAGCUGGGUGCCUAAUGGACAGCACUUCCCCACCUGCAUGCAAGCAGUUCCAACAAAUGGAUUUACACAAAUAGAGGAAGAAAAGGAUAACAGAGUUACGUGUCACUGGGUAGUCCCCCAUAAAGCAAACCACGCCCAUUUCUUGCCCUUUCUGAAGUACAGUGAUGGCAGCCCAAAUCUUCUAUACUGGGCUGAUUGCUGGUAUAGUUGGUAGCUGAGCUAGUCACUAGUCAUCUCUUCCAGCUUCAUCGCCCUUGUAGUUUCUGCCUAAAAAUAAUGUUGAAACUUUCCAAGGUUAUAUGGGCUUCCUGAGCAUUACUGCUGGUGAUCAGUCUAACCGUGGGUCACAGCUAACCACAUAGGCAAGCCGCCGUUCCCCAUCAGGCACUGAAGGAGGGGGUUGCUGUUAGCCACUGCCACCAGCCGUGUCUCCUACAACCGUGCUGCACCCUGUCUGUCCCUGAGCUUGCUGACCUGCCACGGCUUAGGUGGAUUAGAUCGCUUGUGCUGAGUCCCCCAUUUUAAUAGGUGAAUACCACCUCGGAUGUCUGUCUCUGGGGAGUCCCUGAAGGCCGGGACCUUUGGUUUCAGGUCACUGGUUUUUCAGGAAGGGCUCUGUAGAUUUGAGAACUAAUUCCUUAAGUCACUUCUGCACCUUAUAAGAAUUGCCGCUUAGAUUCAAUCCCUGCUGCAUCCUCUCAUCUCUAUUCACCUUCUGCAUUCCAAGUAACAUAGUUGAAGUGGACAAUGUUUAAAGCCAAACCCUGCUUUUUUGUGUUCAUAGUUUGUUGCCAAAUAUCACUUGUUCAUCUCCUUUUCUAUUUGCCUUUCUGGGCUGUAGAUAGAAAACUCAGAAUUAAAUCAAUUUUCUUGAGAAGAGGAGUUUCCUUGAGGGAAACUCAGGUCAUUUAAGACCUGGUAUUUGUUGUCCAGCUCUUUGAAGGUGGAGAAGGCAAGUUAGUUCAAAGUCUCAUGCAGUAGGGUACAGCCAGUAGCAAUCUAGUGUAUAGGGGUCAAUCACAUACCUUGUAUGAAUUUCAUGUCAUAGUUAGGUAAAAAACAGUCUCGAAGUGCUACAAUAGAGUCUUUCCCUUCAGAAAACUUCUAGACUGAUGGAAACAUCAGUUGGAUUCAUACAACUAGCAGGUGAGGGAAGGAGUUUUCUGUUUUCCUGCAGUUUCGGAGAUCAGAAGUUCCUUGUGCUGCACUGAAUGCUUUUUUUUCACCUUAACUCUCUGCAAGACCAUGGCUCAGAUACCUGGCGAGGGUGCUGAGUAUUAUGGUUACAAAAAUGUGUAUAUGUUAUAGGCUUAAAGUAUGAAAUCAGAUGGCUUUCACAUCAUUGAGCACCAAAUCUGCUGCAUAAAACAGAUGCUAUCUCCCUGGGAAGCUUCAUUCAAAAGACACAGUAGCAGCAUGUGUCGCUGUCCCUGAGGCAGAGGAGGAGACUUUUUGCUAUGUUGCACCUGAGAAUAUACAGUCUCCAAAGACACAAACUGGCAUGACACAGAGCUGAACAACGGAGGGAGAAUGGUGCUCGAGCCAUGGCACUCUGCAGAAAAGUUGGGUCCUCAACAUCAUUUCAGAGAUGAUUACAGAGCAGCAGUCUCUAACCCUAACUGGAGAGCAGCAGUGCUGUUGGAUAGUAGGGAAACAUGAAUGUUUGCUCUAGAAGUGUGGAAGCAGAAAUAAAUCUUAUUUCCUGAUCUAUUCCUUGUCCUGAAUGAUGUUAGACAAGACUAUGAACUUCAACUACGCCCUUCAGCUUUCUGUCCUCAUUUUUGCUGGACUCUGCUGUAGAUGGUGAGGAAGGAUUGCUCAGGCCCUAUGGAACUGAUGGUUGCUUGUGCAGCUUCAUCGAUGGAGGUACGCUUUGGAGACCCAGCACCCAUCCCCUGCCCGCUCAUCUUUGCUGAUGAAUGUGGAAUCAUCUAUAUUCAGCAAAGGAUCAAAAGGAUUUCCUUUUCACCUUAGUAUUCUCCAUCAUGGACUUUCAUUUCUGUUUUACCUGGAGGAUGUUUUCACCUGCCUAGGGCCAACACAGGCCACCAGCUUGUCAUCAUGGUGAUGGAACCAGGUUUACACCAGCUGGGAAGUUUCUGUCCAAAUUGGCUGCAGCCCAUGAGGAAGUAUUUCCCUUGUGUUUCCAGAACAAACUCACCCCUUGGUCACCUUCAAAGUCAUCGAGAAGAAGCCGCACCUUUGCCACAUCCAGCUUGAGCAAUUCUGCCAGUGCUAGCCAUGUCAGAUUGUGAGUCUGAGUGCAUAGACGUACCUGCUGACGUCAGUGUGGGAUGAAUGCAGAACUGUAGCCACCUCCAGACUCCUGGCAAAGCCUCAGCUGUGCUGAGCUGGCCAGGCAGAGAGAAUGGGCAACUCCAGAAUUCCCAAAGUGACUUGUAGGGGUGAAAGAAGAGCCAUAAGAGAAGAAAGCUCCCUAAAACCACCCUGCAGUCCUCUCCUCAGGGCUCUUGGAUUGACAUCAAUGACCGGGUGGAAAGAUGUUGGAUGUGGAAACCAAAUGCCACAUGCAGAGCAUCAGUUAACACUUUCUGGUUACCAGAUAUUCACGCACUCAGCUUGUCCCUCCCUGAUUCCCUGUCUAAGCCCGUGUUCAUACAAAAGCAGAUCAAUGGAAAAAAACAGCAACUUGACUCAAGAGAUGAUCAGAGACUGCAGCAAACAGGGUGGAAUUUCAGUGCUGGAGGAUUCCCAGGAACUGGACAGUCAGCAGAAGCAAUGCUAUAAAAGCUAAGAAGGACGUAUCUUAAUUAUUCUGGCUGUGCAACUGAAAUAAUGAGGAGCUUGACAGAGGACACAGUUAGAAAACAUGCUGGGAUGUCAGCCUUCUCCAUGUCAUAGCACAGAAGGGAAUGUGUUUUAGUCCUGGCGCUGUGAGUACUGAUUGCAGGCUUGGUGUCUGCAGACGGUAAAAAGCCAAUUAGGAAGUGCUUGAUAGACCCGCUCUAAAUGAGGAGAACCAGUAGGCAAGUGCAGGGUGUAACACACAAGGAACUCAUGCAAGAUACACAAAGGGAACCAGAGUUCAAUCUUUCUUUUCUUUCACCUUUCUUUUCAGACCCCACCAUGUCCUCCCUGUUUGCCAGCAGACAGUAUUGUACUUGUUGCCUACAGGGUGGAUCUGAGCAAGGAAACCGUACAAUAAAUCCAGGACUAAGACAUAUUGCAGGACAGGCUGAUUUAAUCCAGAAAUUAACUGAAACUGGACAUAUUUUUGGAGUAGUCAGCGGUGGCACUUGGUGAACACUGGUGUGCCUGUGGCCCCUGCUCGGGUGGUUGCUCAGGGUCCUUGGAGAGCCAGAUGUCCCUGGAGAAGUAAUAAAGACUAAUAGGAAAGAGGGAUUUGGAUCUCAUGGGACAAACUGGGGACAGAGUAGGCAACAGGUUUAAUUCAUCAAACCCAUUUUGUGUUGGACAUAGACUGCUACUGGACGAUGAUUCUUCCCACCACCAGCUGGGGUUGGAACCCACACUAUGCAAAAAAAAAAAAAAAAAAAAAAAGGGCCGGCUAGGGAUAAAGGAAGCACAGCACCUGCCCAUGUUAGAAGAAAUAGGAUGGAGGAAAAAAAACCCCUCUCUUUCCAACUUGUUCCUGUACCUCUCCACUUUUCCUCUUCACUUGUUUCAUUUGGAAAACUCACAGCUGGUAGCUGAGGAUGAAUGAUUUGAUUUGCACCUGAAGUGUAACACUCCCACUGGGGAUGAAGCAAUGGAACAUGGUGGGACUUUGGCAGCAGAAGCUAUACUUGAUUUUUAAGGUUUCUGGCUUCAAGAAGCUUUGAUUUUUUUUUUUUUUUUUAUGUCUUUGAUGCCUGGUUGUGAGAAGCCAUUUACUUGGUGCUGUGUUCUUGCAUCCUGCCAAAUGGAAAAGCCAAGGA